CAUGUUUAUAUGUGAGUCUUAUGAUAACGAAGAAGAUUUUCAAAAAUGUACAAAAACCCUCAAUCGAGUCGUGGACUUUUCUCUAUCAGAUUCAAUUCACUGACCUCAACUUCAAAGACCCAAAAUCGUAGAAGACUCGUAUGAGCUUCAAAAUCAGGUAAAAUUUUCCUUCAUCUUCCUCUUUCUCUCUCCAAUUUUCCCGAGGAAGAAAAGCGAGGAAGAAAAUAGAAAGAAAAUCAUUGAUGGGUAUUACUAUAAGACCGAGUUCGAUCCAUGACGAUUCACACAAUUCCAGUGGAGCUUCUUCAUCGUGUAAUACUAAUGCUACCAAGAAGAGAUGGUCCAAUUUGAUGCCUUUCUUCGUAGUCCUAGUUGUUUUAGCAGAGAUCGCAUUUCUGGGUCGUCUCGAUAUCGCCAAGAACGCCGCUCUCUUGGCCGACUCGUUCUAUCAGUUCACGUCGCCGUCGUGGUCGUCGUUGCCGGCGGCGGCUGGUGAUGAGGUGGUGUUGAGUGGUGUUGAUCGGAGGUCUGAAGCGGAUGGUUGUGAGAAGUGGUUGGAGAGAGAAGAUUCUGUGGAAUAUUCUAGGGAUUUUGAGAAAGAACCCAUCUUGGUUAAUGGUGGUGACCAGGACUGGAAGUCUUGUGCUGUGGGGUGUAAGUUUGGAUUUAAUUCUGAUAAGAAGGCUGAUGCUACUUUUGGGUCACCUCAACUACCUGAGACGGUUGGUGUGCUUCGAUCUAUGGAAUCGGCUCAAUACUAUGCUGAGAACAGCAUGGAUCUUGCACGACGGUGGGAGGGGGUAUAGUAUUGUAAUGACAACUAGUCUCUCGUCAGAUGUCCCUGCUGGGUACUUCUCCUGGGCUGAGUAUGAUAUAAUGGCUCCAUUGGAACCAAAGACAGAGAAAGCUCUGGCAGCAGCUUUCAUAUCCAAUUGUGGUGCUCGCAACUUUCGUUUGCAAGCUCUUGAAGCACUUGAAAAGGCAGACAUCAAGAUAGAUUCUUAUGGUAAUUGUCAUCGGAACCGUGAUGGAAGAGUGGAGAAAGUGCAAGCUCUAAAGCGCUACAAAUUUAGCUUGGCUUUUGAGAAUUCCAAUGAGGAGGACUAUGUAACUGAAAAAUUCUUGCAGUCGCUUGUUGCUGGUUCUGUUCCAGUGGUUGUUGGUGCACCAAAUAUCCAAGAUUUUGCUCCUUCUCCCGAUUCGCUUCUACAUAUUAGGGAGCUGAAAGAUGUUGAGUCAAUUGCCAAGACCAUGAAAUACCUUGCUGGAAAUGAUGAGGCAUACAAUCAAACAUUAAGGUGGAAGUUUGAGGGGCCUUCUGAUUCUUUCAAAGCCCUUGUCGAUAUGGCAGCAGUCCACUCAUCUUGCCGUUUAUGCAUUUACUUGGCAACAAAGAUCCGUGAGAAAGAAGAAAAGAGACCAGUUUUCUUGAAACGUCCCUGCAAGUGUACCAGGAGCUUAGAAACUGUCUAUCAUUUAUAUGUAAGGGAAAGGGGGAGGUUUGAGAUGGAGUCCAUUUUCUUGAGGUCGUCAAAGUUGACUCUGGAGGCCUUGGAAUUGGCCGUGCUCUCAAAGUUUGAGUCUCUUAAACACGUACCGAUUUGGAAACCAGAAAGACCAGAAAGCAUAAGAGGCGGUGACAAGCUCAAAAUUUACAGAAUAUAUCCUGUUGGCAAGACACAGAAGGAAGCUUUGUAUACCUUCAGAUUCGAAGGUGAUGCCAACUUUAGUAGUCACAUUGAAACGAACCCUUGUGCGAAAUUUGAAGUCAUUUUUGUGUAGAUGAAACCGCCAUUUUAUUGCCUUAAAAGCACUUGACAAUUUCAUUAUUAAUUAGCACUUAAUUUUUUUUUCAAAGGUGAUCUUGGUCGGUUGUUUCACGUGUCUUUUGCUUCAUCCUAAUUGCUUACAUUUUUUUUUUGGGACAAAAAUUUGGUGAGAGGCAUUUUUUUGGAGUGCAAAGUAUAUUUAUGUGGCUAAUGCAGAAUCUCUGUAGGUAGCAAAUUUACUUAAAAGAGUUCAAAUUUUGCUGGUG